AGAAAAGAUUCCAGGAACAGAGUUUGAUUAUCGCUUAUGUAAUACCACAAUCGAUAAGGGCGCUUAUUAGACGCCAAACGCGCGAAUAUUCGAGUUACUAAGCCAAUUAACCUUGACCCAACGUCAAACUUACAAACAAGAACACGCCAGCUUCUGGUUGCCUUGGAAAAUGUGAAGAUGGGAUAUAGUGACAUCUGCCUGGUAAAACCAAUAUACUGAUAGAAACCGAGUGAACCUACUAAAGAAGACAAGCCUGCUCCUACAUUACCAAAUUUUCGGCAGCCACUCGAUAACCAUCGAUAACCAUGGUGGAAAGCACAGAAGAAAGGGAGCUUUCACUUGUGUCCAAGUUGGAACUACGUGUUGCUCUUGCAGACUCAGAUUCAAAACUUCAAUCCCUUCUUCAUACAUAUCUUGCACCAUUACUACUGAAACUUGCAUCUGAGAAUGCCUCUGUCCGAAACAAGGUUGUGUCUCUAUGCCAGCAUAUAAAUACCAGGGUCCAAUCUCAAUCCAUCGCUCUUCCGGUUGAGGCCUUACUGAAGCAAUUCAAGGAAGCCGAUAAUUCCCUUAUCAGACACUUCGAUCUGAUCUACAUCCGACAUGGACUUAAUCGAAUGGGCCCUACAAGUCUAACUCUUCUACCGUCCUUGCUUCAUGGAAUAUCCCAGUUCAAUGGUUCCGAAGCUCAAGCUUCUAUUCUGUUUAACUUGAUACUGAAGCUACUACCCCUUAUAAAGCUACCACCUAAGGGAAGCAGGGAGGAUUUAGACUUAGGAAAAAGCAUGAAGCUUCUGCCGGGAGACAGCACAUAUCUCUCAUCCUGGUUUGGAAAAUUACUUCUUCUGACACCCACAAUAGAGGCUUGCCCAGGUUUAUCUAUGGCAGAAAUAAGAUUUUUAAGUCGCCAGUCUUCAGAUGGUGCAACUUGGGAUCCAACAGCUCCCGGAGGCUUAAAUAUCCUAGACACAAAAGUGGCCGCUUUAAAAUUCAUAAAUAGCGGUGCUUUCAAUGACUCUGACCGGUUCAUUCCUGCAUUGAUUGCAACUGCGGAUCCCAACGCACGAGUCUCGGACAUUGGAGAUGACAUCCUGAAACGAUUCCGCCCAGAUUUGGAGUCUGAUCAUGUAGUUGAUCGGCUAUUUUCUCUUUAUCUAGGCUCGACAGAGGCUGGCGGUGCCCUACCCGCCCGCCCUGCAUUGAAAAUGAAAAUUCUUCACUUUUUGAGUAAAUCGGUUCAGGCAACUACCAAAACUCAGCAUAUCAUCCGAAUCCUUAAUGAUGCCCUUACCUCCGACAGCUUUGGUGGAGCCAGAGGGCUAGAAGUAUCCAAACUACGGCAGCAAAUUUUCUCUUUUGUCACCUGGUUGACGAGGAUGGGGGCGCCUUCAGACUUAAAUUUGGUUGCGCCAAACAUAAUCAAAGCCCUGAGGGAAAUGGUCGAGGGUCAAGGCUGGCCAACCACCAGCUGGCCUUUAAAACCUGCCGAAUUUAGCUCUAGGACUCUCGCUUAUGAGUCUAUAGGGUUGCUUGCCCCGAAGGUCGAUCCAUCUUUAACUAGAGAAAACAAAAAUCCUAUUGAUAUUAACUUGCUAGAGUGGAUGUUUACUUCCCUAAGCUGUGACGCCUCUGGCCCUCAGAUUUUUGUCAGCAUCGAUGAGGCCCUUGGUGGAGUUCUCAACUCUAUAACCAAAAACUUGGAUCAGAACUCAAUAGACCAAAUUCGCCCUAUUUUAACCAGGUUUGCCACUAUUGAACCCGGAUCAAGAGAUAAAAUAACUGGGUUCAAUAUUGUGAGGAGUACGCGGUUUGCUGCUGUCCGUUUUUCCAACCGUUGUAUGCCAUACAAUGACAUCUGUGGCAGGUCUAUUGAUCUGCUGGCCAUUGCUGACGGGCAAGAUGGUGGACUUGAAAUUGCAGAAGAGGGAAGGAAAGGGCUCGAUCCUUACUGGUAUCGCAUGUUGAAUCCAUGUGAUAACAUAGCAGCUCCAGUCGCUGAGGAUAGACGAUAUGUCUUUCCGCGAUUCAAGGAACUGGCGAAGUAUCUGUUUGAGGAAGACACUGAAGAAAAUAAUAUUCUCCGUCGAGCUCUUUGGUCAAUCUUCGCUUCUGAGAAGUACACCGUUGUUUACGAAACUGCUAUCACAUAUCUUCGAAAUUUACUGCUUUGUGAAGCUCUAGUGAAUACCGAUGCGAUUCAAGACAUAGAGCACAACUGGGAGCAGCGUCUCGACAAUGUUCUUUCGAACAACAAGGAAGCUCGAGCUUCCGUUAAGGUAUAUCUUGCAGAAUGUGACGAUGUUCUUCCGCUGCUCCUGAAUGCUUGUCUAAAGGGGCUGUUCUCAAACUCUGGGCAGUCCUCUGGCCGGUCAGCCGCUCAUUUCAUUGAAAUUGCCUCUCUCACCUCCAACAAACUCCUUCAACCUCUAGUAAACCACAGUCAGGCCCUAAUAGACACCUUGCUCAAGAGAGCACCUCCACAACAAGACACAGCUGCUCAAGCCUUCGGCAUCUUGAUAAGCCACCCCAGCUGUCCUCAGGCACGUAGGGGCCAAGCAUGGGAGACUUUGUCCCCCCAUGCUACUAGUUGGCAGGCCGCUGUCGGUACUGCAGUAUACAAGGCUCGUGGAGCCCUACUAGGCCAAGCAUACAUGCUCUCCCGACUACGAAUUCGUGGCGCUCAGGUACAGGAACUGCACGAAAAAUCACAAGAGUGCUUAGAUACAGCCCUCGAUAUAUUGAAAGGCUCUCGAGAUUCUGCACUUAAGAAAGCAGCUUAUGAUGUCAUUGGACAGCUCAGCCUUUCAUCUGCCAUUACUCUGGGUGACCUCCAGGGUGAUAAGUGGGAGGCAAUUAUCGAAUCUAUCUCCACUGAUGCUAAAAAGCAUAGCGAACCUGCGAUAACUGCUCUUGGACGCUUAUCCCUAAUUAUCCCAAAAGGUGAUACCGGGUCUACCAAGGUAGACCAACUGCUCAAUUUGUUUUAUUCUCUACACGAAGUGAAAGUGAUAGAAGUACAGUUCGCCAUCGGCGAAGCCCUUAGCAUAGUGGCAGAAGGCUGGCAAUCGACUUCCCUAACAUCCUCUUUAGAUGUAGACGUUGAUAAGCCUUCUUCGGACAUUCCCUCCUACGUGCUCUCUAAGAUCCUUGAAAAGGUCAUGGGCGAUUGUAAAGCAUCCAAACCGUCAUUGAGAAAAGCGUCAGUCAUAUGGCUUCUCUGCCUUAUACAAUAUUGCGGUCGAAAUGAGGAGCUCCAGUCCCGCCUCUGGAAAUGCCAGCAAACAUUUAUCUGGCUGCUUUCUGAUAAGGACGAAACCGUCCAAGAAUCGUCUUCAAGAGGCUUAUCACUGGUAUACGAACUGGGAAGCCAAAACCUCAAAGAUGACUUAGUUCGUGACCUUGUGCGAUCUUUCACCGCUGACAGCUCUAAUAUGGGGGGCGGGAAGAUAUCUGAAGAAACGGAAUUGUUUGAGCCGGGAGCCCUACCCACUGGUGACGGUUCAAUUACCACAUAUAAAGACAUUGUCGGCCUUGCAUCUGAAGUCGGUGAUCCGAGCCUGGUCUAUCGCUUCAUGUCACUAGCUUCUAAUAGCGCUAUAUGGUCGAGUCGUGCCGCCUUUGGCCGUUUUGGUCUCAGCAAUGUUCUGUCCGACUCCAGUGAAAACGGAUAUCUUUCUCAAAAUCCAAAGCUAUACCCAAAAUUAUAUAGAUAUCGAUUCGAUCCGAAUCCCAAUGUGCAAAGAUCGAUGAAUGAUAUAUGGAAUGCCCUCGUUAAAGAUCCAAAUGCAGUCAUAGACACCAAUUUUGAUGCAAUUAUGGAAGAUCUCCUACGAAGUGUUGUGGAUGGGAAACAAUGGCGGGUGAGACAAGCUGCCUGUGCUGGUAUUGCCUCCUUACUCCAGGGUUGCCAAAUCGAAAAGUAUGAUAAGUUCUUGAGCGAAAUCCUCACAAAAUCAUUCAAAGUUCUUGACGAUAUCAAGUCAACCGUACGGCAGGCGGCGAUGUCAUUAUGUCAAACCCUUAGUGAGAUUGUUUUACGUGCUAUGGAGAGUGGUGCCACCUCAUCGAAACGAGCAAAACUCAUGCUAAAACAUAUUAUUCCAUUCCUGCUUGGCCGUGAAGGUAUCGAGUCCAGUGUGGAAGGGGUCCAGAAAUAUUCGAUCAUGACCAUCACGAAGAUCGUCAAGAAAACGCCAGGACCAUUGAUUAGGCCUUUUGCAGCCCUUAUUCUGGAGCGACUUCUCACAUCGCUCACGUCGAUAGAACCUCAGGCUGUUAACUACGUCCACCUGAAUGCUGAUAAAUAUGGAUUAACGGGCCAGGCUAUUGACAAAAUGAGGUUAACCGCUAUCCGGAGCUCACCCAUGAUGGAAUGUAUCGAGCUUCAUCUCCUCGAUUCACUCGACGAUGCGAGUAUGGCUGAAGUGGUACCUGCUUUAGAGGCUUCAAUACGCUCUGCAAUAGGCCUCCCGUCAAAAGUGGGCUGCAGCAGAGUCUUAGUAAUUCUCAGUUCUAAGCAAGUACUAUUAAAGCCUUACGCAGCUCGGUUUAUCCGUAUUUUGAGGAAACUGGUGUUAGACAGGAAUGAAACAGUCAGCGCAUCUUACAGUUCUGCUAUCGGUUACCUUACUCGCUUGGCUAGCAAUGAAGAUGUCCUGGAUACCAUCAAAUUUGCAAAAUCUCUCUAUUUCGAAUCGGAAGAUACAGCACACCGCAUUGUUGCCGGUGAAAUCAUGAAUUCCAUGUCCAAAUUGGCGAACGAUAGAGUUCAAGCAGUUGCAGCGGCCUUCCUACCCUUUAUAUUUCUUGGGAUGCAUGACACUACAGAUGAGGUUAAGGAGUUCUUUACCAAGACAUGGAAUGAUAAUGUGAGCGGCUCCAGAGUUAUUUCGUUGUACCUUGAUGAAAUACUCGACCUUGUCUCGACCAAGUUGGAUUCUCCCCAAUGGCCAAUCAAGCACGCAUCUGCUCUUUCUGUCGCCAAAGCAGUCCUUUCCAAUGACAAGAAUAUGGAUAUUCCAACGGCGAGAUCUCUCUGGCCACACCUUGAAAAGGCACUUGAAGGGAAAACUUGGGACGGGAAAGACAAAGUUCUGGAGGCUCUUGUUAAGUUUUCGAGUCUUUCCAAGGCAUUCUUGAAGGGGCGAAGUGACAUCAAGGAUCGCAUGAAGACCAUUGUCAUCCGAGAGGCCAAACGGAAGAAUGUUGACUACAGGCCCCAUGGACUAAAAGGGCUUGGACAGUUUGCUAGGAAUCUAGAGGAUCUUGACAUGACGAAAGAAACCCUUGCUAUAGUAUCCCCUGUUUUUGAGGAGAUGAUCGAAGAAGUAAAGGGUGAUAAGAUGGAUAUCGAUUCGAAAGACAGCCGAGUACCAAAGUAAGUUCCUUCUGCGUAUUACCGUCACGCUUAUACGUGCUAAUGAUCUUAUUACUGGUGUAGCAUUGAAGACAAAACAUUUAUUGCAGGGAUAGAGUGUCUGUAUAAUGUUGCAAACCCCAACAUUUCACCGUCAGGUACGUCCAUAUCCCAGGCAUAAAGCAUCACAGCCGGUGGCUCAUGUCAACUUUAUCCAAUAGUUCUCGGUCGUUAUGUGGCUGGUAUGUCCUCCGUAAUCAAGCCGGUAAUUACACAUUCCGGAAGAUCCGUAUACCCUACUUUAUUUGAUUGCGUCAAGGACCUUUUCAAUCGCGUGGAUGAACGCCUCCCCAGUGGCGGGAAGGGGGAUAGUGACUCGACAUCUAUGUCUCUAGACAAGGAACUUGUAUCAACUCUGUUCAAAGAACAUGAGUUUUUGUUCCAGGACAUCGACCUACCCAUCGAGAGUGUGAGGAGCAAAUUUGCCCAGGCAGUUUUGGCGUACGUCAAAAUCUUGAAGAAGAGUUCUUUGUCACUCGACAGCUCCCAGAAAUGUGUGAUCGAGAAGUGGAAGGCCAAUGAGCGGUCCGAAACAGUUAAAGUUGUCUGGCACGAGAUUCUUGAGCAGAUGUAACUAGUAUCAGCCUACCGAGUGUUGGGGGCAGGGCAUCAUCAACUCACAAUAACACCAUAUGACUGAUAACUGAUUCCGAUGCAGUUGUUCAUCAACUGGCCAAGGCAGCAGACUAUUCUCCUGCCAAAUCUAAUGCAGCUAUCCUCUUGUUUAGGAGUAGCUAAUGCUGUCUAACGAGCUGCAUGCAGAGUUCUCCGGAGUAAAUAGCGCCGUAUUGCAGAACGGCCAUGUGUCUCGGAGUUGCCAUGCUUGCUACCCAAAAAUAUACACAACCAGCGCUUGUUCCUAGACCCUUUCUCAUACACGGAGUAUUCCCUGAGGGUUUCAUAGAAGUCAUAUCGUAAAACUUGACCUGUCAAUGUUGCUUGACGUUAUCACGAUCAAGAUUGGAACCUCCUGUAGAUCACGGGACGCCGCUGAGUAAAAAUGUCCGUUUUGGUUGUUCCAACGACAACGUCUUCCUCCUCUGCUCUGCAGUCCGAGAUUCCACCAUUUGGCCGCCAUCUGCCAAGUGAAACAACAGAUCAGACGACUGGGUUAAUCCAUC